AUGCCACCCCGUCUAUUUCCCUUCUCCUCUCCCCUCGUAGCACGCCUCCGUCCGGGCUUCCACACAACUGCUAUCCGCCGAGAUGCUAUCCCGCAGCCGAAUCACUAUGAGAUUCUGCAAAUACCAACCAAUGCAUCGGCCAGCGAGGUGAAGAAAUCAUUCUACGCCCUCUCCAAAGCCCACCACCCAGACCUAAACCCCAGCGACCCGUCCGCCUCGCAGCGCUUCGUAGCCAUCUCAAACGCGUACGCCACGCUCUCCUCGCCCACCAAACGGUCAGCCUACGACUCGCAAAUUCUGCCCUAUGCCCAGCCCUCCCCUUCCCACCGCCACCACGGCUCCUACUCCUCCGCAUCCACAUCCACAUCCCCAGCAGGCGGCC